UUGGGGAAACGGGGUUCUGGUUUUUAUAGCUGGCCUUUGGGGAGAAUGGAACUGAGUGACAAGAGGACAGGAGAGGGUCAGAGAAACAUUGCUUCUGAGGCUGCUGUUGAGGGCUUCAUUUUGGGGUACUGUCCUCUAAGCCCCAACAGUGUCAAAGUGUACACAAACCAUUCACAGCACUGUUAGGAAAUGGGCUCCUGGCUGGGUCUGUGGGGUAUGUGUGUGUCUGAGUGUGUGGCUGCUGUCUGCAUCCUUCUCCCCCUACUGCCUCCCCGCCUCCUCUCCAGCCACCCUGGGAUUGGUGACUCUCAGCCCCUCCCCUCGGCUCCCCUAGACCCUCCCAGAGCGUUUAUCAGGGAGCUGGGACGGAGUGACUGGCACCUUCCCAGAUCCCUGCCACUCGGUUUGUCUCUUUGCAGCAGCACAGGCAGCACCAGUGCGUGAGGGGAGCAGGCAGAGCUCCCAGCCAUCUCCCUGAUCCUGCUAGAACACCUAGCCCCAGGCACAGAGCUGCUCCACAGGCACCAUGAGGAUCACGCUGCUAUUCACAGCCAUCCUGGCCUUCAGCCUAGCUCAGAGCUUUGGGGCAAUCUGUAAUGAGUCACAGAAGGAGGUGGCUUCUCGAGGGGGCCACAACAAGGACAUGAAUCUCCACCAGCUGGUCCAGAGACUCUACAAAAUCCACUCCUUUUCUCUGGAGGAACUGCUCAUAGCCCUGAGCCAGGCUAUCUUGGAUUCUAGGGGAUCAGAAACACCACUUCCCCGGAAACGUAACAUGCAGGACUUAUUUGUGGGACUUAUGGGCAAGAGGAACGUCCAGCCAGACUCUCCUACUGAUGGGAAUCAAGAGAAUGUCCCUAGCUUCAGCGCCCUCAAGUAUCCCCCCAGUGCGAAAUGAGCACUCUACUUUUGGACCCUUGGACUACGUCAGGAAGACCUGUCUCCCUGCCCCAAUCCCCAGGUGCACAUGCUCCCAUUGCCCUUUUUCUUCCCCAUUCUUGUAACAUUCUUGUGAUUUGACUCCUUCCCUAUCUUUUCCACCUGACCCUGGCAUGAAAACUGCGUAGUGAAUAUCCCCAAUCCCAAUGGGCAUUGACUACAGAGUCCCCUAGAGUUCCUGAAGUGUCCUACAUUAAAAAUAUAAUGUCUCUCUACUCCUCAACAAUAAAGGAUUUUUGCAGAUGAA